AUAAUGUAAACAAACACACAUGUGAUACCGGUAGUUUAAUGGACGUCUGUCGUGAAAGUGAUAUUGUACUCUGGGCUUCGUAUUUUGUUUUAGAUAAUACCGUGUCGUCUGCUUAUUUGACGUGUGGAAGACGUAGUACAAGUUCUUAUUGAAAGAUGGCAGAACAUGCUGUUUUACAUAGUGGUUAUUUUCAUCCUGUUUUACGUCUGUGGCAGUCAGUCAAUACAACGAUAACACCUACCAAUUUGAUUUACCCAAUAUUUGUUGUUGAUGAUCCUGAGGCACAAGAAGAAAUAUCAAGUUUACCAGGGCAAUGUAGAUAUGGGGUAAAUAAAUUAAAGUCAGCACUUCAACCAUUAAUAGAUAAUGGUCUUCAAACUGUUCUUCUAUUUGGAGUACCAGGAAAUAUACAAAAGGAUAACCGGGGAUCUGGUGCUGAUCUAUCAACAACUCCUGUAGUUAUAGCUGUUAAAAAAUUGAGGGAAUGGUUUCCUAACUUAUUGAUAGCUUGUGAUGUUUGUUUGUGUCCAUAUUCAAGCCAUGGACAUUGUGGUAUUUUACAAGAUAAUGGUGUAAUAGAUAAUGAAGCUAGUAUACAACGAUUAGCUGAAAUAGCAGUGAACUAUGCUAAAGCAGGUUGCCAUAUUAUAGCUCCAUCUGAUUUAAUGGAUGGUAGAAUUGGAAGUAUUAAAGCAGCAUUAAAAUCAAAUGGAAUAGCUAAUACAGUAGCUGUUAUGUCUUAUAGUGCGAAAUUUGCAUCUAAGUUUUAUGGUCCUUUUAGAGAUGCAGCGAAAAGUGCUCCAGCAUUUGGUGAUAGGUCAUGUUAUCAACUACCAGCUGGUUCUAUAGGACUAGCUGAAAGAGCUGUGGAUCGAGAUGUAGCUGAAGGCGCUGAUAUGUUAAUGGUUAAACCUGGUAUGCCAUAUUUAGAUGUUGUUAGGUUGACAAAACAAAAGUAUCCAUCUCAUCCAUUAGCAAUAUAUCAUGUAUCUGGUGAAUAUGCUAUGUUAUAUCAUGGUGCUCAAGCUGGUGCCUUUAAUCUAAAAGAUAUAGUAUUUGAAUGUUUACAGAGUAUGAGACGAGCAGGAGCAGACAUGAUUAUAACUUAUUUUGUUCCUGAUUUGUUAAAAUGGCUGAAGGAGUGAACACCUUUCUUUUAUAACAUUAAAUAAUUAGCUGUUAUCUUUUUUCCCCGAAAGAAGGUUAGCCUCUUAGAUUUAUGUCAAAAUAGGGUAAUAAAUUGGGUUGAUCUGAUGUAUUGUUUUAAUUAUUCACAAAGAAAGCUCUAUACAAUUAAAUUUUUAUUUUAAAAGAUUACCAGGAAGUUGGCUUAUUUACUGAUUUUAUUUUGAUUGAUGGCUAACUUAAAAUGCAGUCAGUUCUAUCUUAUCACAGACUUAUAAUAAAGACAGAUAUCACCCAACAAUUUAAAUGAAGAUUAUAAUCCAGUGAAAGCUACAUUAUAAAUUUUGACACAAAUCGAACAGGUCUAGUCAUUUUAAUACAUUUUUUAUCUGUAUACAUAUAGUGGUUGCUUUAGAUAUUAUUACAUAUCAAUUAUAAUUAUUUUAAUAUGUAUUAAUAUAAAAUGGCUUUAUAUUUUAUUACAUAUCAAUAUAUUAUUUGACUAGAUUUAUACACCAUUUAAUAUAAAAUGACUUAUUACAUAUCAAUUAUAGGUAUAUUAUUUGACUAGAUUUAUACACCAUAUUUAAAAUAUGUAUUAACAUAAAAUGUAGAAUUGUAUGGUACCAAUCUAAUUAAAUUAGAUAUCUCUUCUACCAGAUUAUAUGUUCUAUUUGAAGUCUUCCUUCAACCACUUUGAUUGGUAAAAACUAUUAGUGUAAAGUGUUGGUCUAGUCAGGUCAGUUAAACAAAAAAAAUAAUGAUUUUGUUAGACCUUAGUGAAAAUCUUUACAGGAAACAAAAAAAACCCCAAAAAACAAUAUUUUAUUAGGAUAAAAAUACAUUGGCUUACUGAUAUAAGAUUAUGGUGAUUUGGUCAGCUAGAAAAGUUGGCAUCUAUGAAUGCUAUGUUAUUGUAUAUAUAUCUCAAGAUAAUAUAAAGUAAAUUACACAUUUUCUGUACAACCAGGUAUCCAACAUGUUUGAAAAACAUACAAAAAUGUCUAAACAGACUAAAGACACAGAUUAAUAUUGUAUGCAUUAUACAUUAUUAUAUCAUUAUUUCUUUUAAAACUAUGUUUGUUAAUUAUGAUUGAUUUUACAUUAGAAAUUUGACAUGAAUUUGAGCUCAUUCUGCAUACACAUAUGAUAAU